AUGCCUCGUGAAAAGAAGCCUGUCUCUAUGCCCAGCAAAAAAUCCAAUAUCAUUUACGAGAAUUGGAGAGUUUAUUCAAAACAUCAUAAACUCAUGUUUCGCUGCAACGAAAAGAAAGCACGCUGGUAUUUAGAAAAAGAAUUGGCGACAGCACUACCAAAAGAAGAGAGAGCCAUUAAGCUUAAUUUCGAAGCCAAAGGGGAUGGACACAAGCAUGGAGAUUACAUGGUAGAAGAUCGAUCCAACAUUUGUGUAUCGUGUGGAGGAAACGAGCAUCUCACAAUGCAUCAUGUGGUGCCGGAAAUGUAUAGGCACUGGAUGCCCUUGGUCGUGAAAUCGAAAUCAAGCAGGGAUCUAUUACUGCUAUGUAAACAUUGCCACGAUAGCUAUGAACAAAAAGCAAUGAGCUUUAAAAAGGCAGGUGUCAAGCGAUUCAAUAUUCCACUCGAGGGCAGUGGUUGGUGUACCUUUCCAGAGUACAAAAAUGCCAAAAAAGCAGCAUCCGCCUUGAUCAGAGCAUCCGAUAAAAUACCCCAAGAUCGGCAGCAAGUGCUUAAAUCGACAGUGCUCAAUUUUUGGAGAGAUUACGACAAGAAAGAGUACAAGGGGAGUGAUUUAGGUGAUAUUUUAAGAGAGUGCAGCGAGCUUGUGGAUCAUUUCAAGGGCCCAGAUUACAUAGAGCACGGACAAAGUGCUAUCCAGCAGCUGACGAGCAGGUGUGUUUUGAAUGACAAGGGACAAGAAACCUGGCCUGAUCUGGAGGUCUUUAUCAGAGAAUGGAGGCAGCAUUUUUUGGACAACUUGAAACCAAAGCAUCUGAGCAAACUUUGGUCUGUGGAUGCAGACAUAUACACUCGAUGA